AUGGCCGGGCACUUCCGUGGUACGCUACCGCCAGCAAGCAAGUCCUUCCCUAGCCUGCCUCAAUUCUCGGGUUUCAUGAAGCCAUGUCGUUUUGAGGGCGAGGUCCACCAUCUCGAGGUUCGAGGCACAAUACCCCCUGAACUGGAUGGCACGUUCUACAGGGUCAUGCCUGACCCACAGUUCCCGCCAUUCGUCGACAACGACCCGUGGUUCAAUGGCGACGGUAGCAUUAGUGCCUUUCGCUUUCACAAUGGAAAUGUGAACUUCCAGCAGAAGUACGUACGAACCGAGAAAUUUAUUCGUGAGAGAGAAGCACAACGCGCUCUUGGCGGUAAAUAUCGGAACAAGUACACGGAUGCUGUGGAGUUCAAGAUUCGUACGACAGCCAACACCAACAUCUUCUACUUCAACAAAGUUCUUCUUGCCAUCAAGGAAGAUGCUCCACCGUAUGCACUCGACCCUGUGACACUUGAGACAAUAGGGCUCUGUGAUUUCGACGGUCAGUUGCCCAGCUUGACGUUCACGGCUCAUCCAAAGGUCGAUCCCAUCACCAAAGAGCUGGUCGCCUUCGGCUACGAGGCCAGAGGAGACGGCACUCCAGAUGUCUGCUACUACACGAUCAGUCCAGAUGGCAAGUUUACCGAAGUCGUGUGGAUUGUCGCCCCUGUUGUUGGGCUCAUACACGACUUUGCCGUGACUGAAAACUGGGUCUUGUUCCCUAUCAUCCCACAGAUCUGCGAUAUUGACCGGCUCAAGCAAGGGGGAGAGCAUUGGCAGUGGGACCCGAAAGUGCCCGUCUACCUAGGUGUCUUACCGCGCCGAGGAGCCAAGGGAAGUGACGUCAAGUGGUUUCGAGCACCGAAUGCUUUCCCUGGCCACAGCACCAACGCAUACGAAACACCGGACGGGAAAGUCAUAUUUGACCUACCCCUGACAGAUAAGAACGUCUUUUUCUGGUGGCCAGAUGCCGAAGGCAAUGCCCCAGACCCUGAAAGCAUCAAGGCCGAGUAUGUCCGAUUUACCAUAGAUCCAAAGGCAACCGACCUCGAGCUGCCGACUCCGGAGGUGAUCCUCCAAAGUGAUAUGGAGUUCCCGCGGAUUGAUGAUAGAGUGGCAAUGACACGUCACCGCCACAGCUUCUUUGAUAUGAUGGACCCCAAGCUAGGCACGGACUUCGGGGUGAUCGCGCCAGUUCUCGGUGGCGGGCACCCACUUUACAAUUCCCUCGGCCACCUUGACCACGAAACUGGCAAGCUUGAAGUCUAUUUCCCCGGUCCGACACACAUGGUACAGGAACCGGUGUUUGUGCCACGCUCGACGGACGCACCGGAAGGUGACGGGUUCUUGGUAGUCCUGGUCAGUAAUUAUGCUACCAUGUCGAGCGAGCUGCACAUUGUGGACACGCAGGACUUUUCAUCCGCGAAGGCUAUUGUCCUGCUUAACCUCAGGCUGAGAGCUGGUCUGCAUGGCAACUGGGUUGACGCUAAAGAGUUUGCUGCGGAGUGA